AGGAACCCAGAGAUGAUCAGAGGACUUAUUCUCACAGGACUACUGGUCCUGCUUUGGCACCAGAUGGAUGUACAAGCGCACACGUUGAGCAGACACAGUCCCGCCAGCAACAUGGCCAAGCUGAAGAGCUUGCUGCAGCAGCUUGAGGAGGCCCUGGCCGCAGAAGAGGCUCCUGAGAGAGCCGUGGAUUAUGAGGACAGCAACACGUCCUGGGACAGAGACAGAGAGGAAGAAGCAGCUCCGGCGGAGGACAGCAACCCCUCGGAUGGAUUCGAGACGCAGAGAAACCGCCUCGUAGAUCUCCUCAUGUCAACCCGGAGCAAAAGCCUGUCUGGCUGUUUCGGGGGACGGCUGGAUCGCAUAGGGUCCUCCAGCACCCUUGGGUGCAACUCUAAAAAAGGUUAG